AUGACGGAAGAAAUAACAUAUGCAGACCUGAGGUUCAUGACAUUGGAAAAAUCCCAGGACCGGGAGCUCCAGAGUGACAGAGUGAAAGGUAUUGGCAGUGCCAGGGGGCAGUUCUCUCCAAGUACCAUAUAUUGGCUUGAAACGCAGCAGUUCAGUGGCAGACUACCGGUCAUGUUGUCUGUGGUAGGAGCUGCAAAUGCAAAAAUGAGAAGUUUCUGUUCUUGCUGCUCUUUCUUUUCGUCUGUCCCAGAUUCCUCCAGUCCAUCUUCCUGUUGGCGACUGGCUACAGUGGCUCUUGGGGUCUUCUGCCUAAGUUCAGUGAUAGCUGCAGGACUUUUGGCUGCCCGGUUCAUCCUGGUCUGCCACCAUGUGCAUGAAAGGGAUGAAAAUUUCACCCUACAAAAGGCAAUUAUGGAAAGCCUCGGCCAGCAGCUGGACCUCCUUCAAGCUCAGAAUUUGAACUUGACAGAGACUGUAAAGCAACUGGCCACUUCCAAAGGUACACAGAGUAUCAGUCUUUCUGAAGACUUCACAAUGCGAUCAGCACAGUCUUACAGUUCUUACUCUUUCUGAAUUGGGCUGUCUCGCAGUGGAACUGAGGGGCCUUGGCUGUGGAAGGAUGGAUCAGCUUUCUCCCCUGAACUGUUUCAGAUCCAACGAGCCAGCUCAAGUUCUCUCCAACAAUGUGUGUGCCUUCAAGGUGUGAACAUAGACACCGCACGGUGUGGCGAGUACAAAUACUACAUUGGUGAGAGAGUGGUGGACCUUGCAGUGGUCCAGCAAGUGAGCUACUCAGACAGGCACUAGUGUGCAGAGCUCUGCAGAAAGCCCUGUCUUGGGAUAUGUGGGGGUGACUUCUGCUCUGGGGUCUGUGACAGGGAGUCUGAGCUCAGGUUAAUGUAACAUCAGGGAUAAUCUAAGCUUAAUUUGGCCUCUGGUGAUGCAUGUCAGUCAGACUCCUCUUGGGCUUUUUCUUCAGCAAAUUCAUUCCUCUUUCUUCCUUCUGCCCUUGCAUUCUCAUGUAACCACUUCUAUCCGCUUAUGAUAAGUUCCUUUCUAAGUGAAACGUAAUUAAGUAUAUGAUUCCAGAACUCUAUUUCAAAAAUUCAUAUCUAUCUCUCAGAAACAGGAAUCAAUGACUCUUUGUAAGAACAACACAUCACAUUUUCAAAAUCUGUUGGGCAUUUUCAGAUUUAAGCUCCCAAUUUACACCACAUUUCCAAAUAUUUGAUUUAAUUGUACUCCCAGCCUACUGAUAACUAGAAAGUGCAACACAAUCAGAGACUGCAUUAACGGACAAAUAAAAAUAUUUAUAAUUCUCCUUGUUAGAGUGAAAAGCUUUCAAAUGGGUAUGUAUGGGCUCAGAAAACAGAAGGCAAAUCCAGAACAUAUCUUAAGAAGAGUCAGCAAUAUUUAAUGCCCGGGAAUGGCAGUAUAGCUGCUAGUGGAUUGUUCUGCUGCAUCAGGCAUCAGGGGGAAACGUGCAUCCCUGUAAGACAUCUGUCUUGA